AUGGGAGUUGAGUUGAGCUUGCCUGGUGAACUGAAGUCUCGUCUUGUUGAGGACUGGGACUUGGUCACCAAGCAAAAGCAGUUAUUCCAACUUCCUGCUGAGAAGAGUGUAGAUACCAUUCUUGCAGAAUAUGUGACUUUUGUGAAGUCACAAGGGCUUGCUGAUAAUAGAGAAUACUCCGUUGAUGAGCUUGUAUUUGGAAUAAGAGUGUAUUUCAACGACAUGCUGGCCACGCAGCUGCUCUACCAGUUUGAAAGGCCCCAGUAUGCUGAAAUUCACCUAGCUUAUCCUGAUAGUCCAAUGUCUCAGGUUUAUGGGGCUCCACACCUCCUGCGAUUGUUUGUGAAUAUUGGGACUGCAUUGGCCCAUUCACCUCUUAACAGGCAGAGUCUUCUCUUAAUGUGUAACUAUAUGCAUGGUUUUCUUGAAUAUCUUGUAGAGAACUCUACUUUGUUUAAUGCCAACAAUUACAGAGUAGCUUCUGCUGAAUAUUGCUGCAAAGCCCUGUGA